AAGUAUGUGUCAGGGCCAUGUUAGUAUCGGAAUUUCAGUCAGAGCCUCAAAAACAUAGACAAACCUAACGCUGGUUGUUUGGUUGGAUCUACAAUUAAAGAAAGACAACUAUGUGUAAAUUACAAACGCUUUUCGUAAUUGGAUUAUUUUUGUACUCGGUCCGUGCAUAUCCACUUGAUUUGACGGCCACCGACUUGCCGAAUGGGCAAUUGCAAAUUAGUGGCCGUAUUUCCGGCGGCGAUUUAGCGGCGGAAAAUCAAUUCCCCUAUCAAGUUGGUUUGAAUAUCGAAACAACACAGGGCAAGUUUACAUGGUGCGGCGGCAGUUUGAUCUCAAACCAAUGGGUAUUGACGGCUGCCCAUUGUGUUGAGAGCAUCACAGGUGUCAUUGUCUACUUGGGAUCGGUGAAUCGUUUGCAGCCCAAGCAAACCUAUCGGGUGGCCUUAAACGACAUUCACAUACACGAACAUUUCAAAAUGGCAUCGCUGAUAAAUGAUAUUGCCCUGUUGCGUUUGCCAUCCAAGGUCAGCUACAGUGAUUCGAUACAUCCCAUAAAAUUGCCACGGAUUUUUGCCUUCCAUCCGGAAUAUGAAUACCGGGAGGCCAUCACCUCGGGAUGGGGUCGUGAAAAUGAUGUAUCUGCUAACAUUGCCUCUCAUCUGAAGUAUGUCAUACGUUACACGCUCACCAAUGCCGAGUGUCAAUUCGUUUAUGGCAAUUCGGUGCGUUCGAGCAAUAUUUGCAUCGAUACAACGGGUGGUCAGUCAACCUGUAGUGGUGAUUCCGGUGGCCCUUUGGUCAUCAACGAUGAUUUUGAUGGCUUGAUACAAAUUGGUUUGACUUCGUUUGGCAAAUCUUCGGGCUGUACCAAAGGAUAUCCGGCUGUUUUUACCCGCUUGACAUCCUAUUUGGAAUGGAUUUAUUUGAUAUCGGGAGUGGCAAAUUUUUAGAAGGAUUCGACGCAUUUAAUUUCACUUUUAAAUAUUUAGAAUUUAAGAUAGAAACAUCCUGAAAAGUUUUCAAAUUUGCCUUCGAAAAUGGUUGAGCCAUUAAAGAGGGCGUUGUAUUUCUGUUUUAAGGGCAUAUAUUUUGGAAACUUUCUGGUAAAUUUUGCAAAGUUUUAAAAAUCUGAUUUUAUAAUUUUUGAUCUAUAAUGUUUUGUAUUUUGUUAAUUUUUUGGCUACUCAUUUUGAACAUGUAUGCCCCUUUAUUAAACCCCUGGUGGGUUGAUUACUUCAAAAAGCUGGUUCUUUAAAUAAUCUCAAUUUUAAAAUAUCAAAAAUAUUCGUUUAAGCGAACAGCCAACAUCUCUAUUUUUGUUGAAAUUUAUAUUAAAUUUAUAUGAAUUGCUCGUUUUUAACAG